AUGGAGCCCUCGAGCCCAAGGAAACCGGGCUCUGUGCAGGAGGAGGGCUUUGGGUUGCAGUCCAGGAGGACCGCCGACUUGGGGCUGGUCCCCAGUGUCCAGAAUGGCAGCAGCAGCCUAUUCAAAAGAAGGAGGCCGCAGUCCACCUUUGGCAAUGAUGAAAAGCAAGAAAAUCUCAGUUCAUGGAUUCCUGAAAACAUCAAGAAGAAAGAAUGUGUGUAUUUUGUUGAAAGCCCCAAAAUGUCAGAUGCCGGGAAGGUGGUAUGUGAGUGUGGUUACACACGUGAGCAGCACUUGGAGGAGGCCACCAAGUCCCACAUGUUCCAGGGCAAGGAGUGGGACCCCAAAAAGCAUGUCCAGGAGAUGCCCACGGAUGCCUUUGGUGACAUCAUCUUCAGAGGCUUAGGCCAGAAGGUGGGAAAGUAUAUCCGAGUCUCCCAGGACACACCUUCCGAUGUCAUCUAUCAUCUCAUGACCCAGCACUGGGGCCUGGACAUUCCCAGCCUCUUAAUCUCUGUGACGGGUGGGGCCAAGAACUUCAAAAUGAAGCUGAGGCUAAAGAGCAUCUUCCGAAGAGGCCUGGUCAAGGUGGCCCAGACCACAGGGGCCUGGAUCAUCACUGGAGGCUCCCAUACUGGAGUGAUGAAGCAGGUAGGUGAGGCAGUGAGGGACUUCAGCCUGAGUAGCAGCUGCAAGGAAGGUGACAUAACCACCAUUGGAGUUGCCACAUGGGGUACCAUUCAUAACCGGGAGAGUCUGGUCCAACCCACGGGUGGCUUUCCUGCUGAGUAUGUCCUAGAUGAGGAAGGCCAGGGGAACCUCACCUGUCUGGAUAGCAACCAUUCCCACUUCAUUCUGGUGGACGAUGGGACCCAUGGCCGGUAUGGGGUGGAGAUUUCCCUGAGGACCAAGCUGGAGAAAUUCAUAUCGGAGCAGACAAAGGAAAGGGGAGGGGUGGCCAUCAAGAUCCCCAUCGUCUGUGUGGUGCUGGAGGGUGGCCCUGGCACACUGAAUACCAUCUACAACGCCAUCACCAAUAACACCCCCUGCGUGAUCGUGGAGGGCUCGGGCCGUGUGGCUGACGUCAUUGCCCAGGUGGCCAACCUGCGCAUUUCUGAGAUCACCAUUUCCUUGAUCCAAAAGAAACUGAGCAUGUUCUUCCAGGAAACAGAGACCUUCACAGAAAGCAGAAUCGUGGAAUGGACCAAAAAGAUCCAAGACAUUGUCCGGAGCAGGCAGCUGCUGACCAUCUUCCGGGAGGGCAAGGACGGCCAGCAGGAUGUGGACGUGGCCAUUCUGCAGGCUCUACUGAAGGCCUCUCGAGCCCAUGACCACUUUGGCCAUGAGAACUGGGAUCACCAGCUGAAGCUGGCCGUGGCAUGGAACCGUGUGGACAUUGCACGGAGUGAGAUCUUCACUGAUGAGCAACAGUGGAAGCCUUCAGAUCUGUACCCCAUGAUGACGGCCGCCCUCAUCUCCAACAAGCCCGACUUUGUGAAGCUGUUCCUGGAGAACGGGGUGCAGCUAAAGGAGUUUGUCACCUGGGACACCCUGCUCUGCCUUUACAAGAACCUGGCACCCUCCUGCCUGUUCCACUACAAACUCCAGAAGAUGCUGGCUGAGGAGCCUGAGUACCUGGCUUAUGGUACUACCAUGCCCCGCCUGCAGAUGCACCACGUGGCGCAGGUGCUGCGAGAGCUGCUGGGAGAUUUCACGCAGCUGCUCUACCCCCGGCCCCGGCAUAGGCGGCCACUCACCAACCUCAAAGUGCCUCUGAUGUCUGCACUUUACCAGGUACAGGGAGUGAGUCUCUGGUCCAUCUACAAGAAAUCAUCAGGGCAUGUCACCUUCACCAUGGAUCCUGUCCGUGACCUGCUCAUUUGGGCUGUCAUCCAGAACCGCCAGAAGUUGGCAGAAAUCAUCUGGGCUCAGAGCCAGGACUGCAUAGCAGCAGCAUUGGCCUGCAGCAAGCUCCUGAAGGAAAUGUCCAAGGAGGAGGAAGACACAGACUGCUCGGAGGAGAUGCUGGCACUGGCAGAUGAGUAUGAGCUCAGAGCCAUUGGGGUCUUCACUGAGUGCUACCGGAAGGAUGAAGAGAGGGCUCAGAAGUUGCUCAUCCGUGUGUCUGAGGCCUGGGGGAAGACCACCUGCCUACAGCUUGCCCUUGAAGCCAAGGACAUGAAGUUUGUGUCUCACGGAGGUGUCCAGGCCUUCCUGACCAAGGUGUGGUGGGGCCAGCUCUCUGUGGACAACGGGCUGUGGCGGGUGAUGCUGUGCAUGUUAGCCUUCCCCCUGCUCUUCACCGGCCUCGUUUCUUUCAGGAAGAAGAGGCUGCAGUCUGAGAAUGGCCUGGCUCGUGUCUGUGCCUUCUUCAAUGCGCCUGUGGUCAUUUUCCACCUCAACAUCCUCUCCUACUUUGCCUUCCUCUGGCUCUUUGCCUAUGUGCUGAUGGUGGACUUCCAGGCCUCUCCCUCCUGGCUUGAGUAUGUCAUCUACUGCUGGCUCUUCUCACUGGUGUGCGAGGAAAUGCGGCAGCUCUUCUAUGACCCUGAUGGAUAUGGGGUACUGAAGAUGGCCUCCUUAUACUUCGGUGACUUUUGGAAUAAGCUGGAUAUUGGAGCCAUCCUGCUCUUCAUAGCAGGGCUGACCUGCAGGCUCUUUCCAGCAACGCUGUACACCGGGCGGGUUAUCCUCUCUUUGGACUUCAUCAUGUUUUGCCUCCGGCUGAUGCACAUCUUUACUGUCAGUAAGACGCUCGGGCCCAAGAUAAUCAUCGUGAAGCGGAUGAUGAAGGACGUCUUCUUCUUCCUCUUCCUAUUGGCGGUGUGGGUUGUGUCCUUUGGGGUGGCCAAGCAGGCCAUUCUCAUCCACAAUGAGAACCGGGUGGAUUGGAUCUUCCGAGGGGUCAUCUAUCAGUCGUACCUCACCAUCUUUGGGCAGAUCCCAGCCUACAUUGACGGAGUGAACUUCAAUCUCGAGCAGUGCAGCCCUAAUGGCACAGAUCCCUACAAGCCCAAGUGCCCAGAGAGUGAUAUUACCCGUCACAAACCUGCCUUCCCCGAGUGGCUGACUGUUAUAUUGCUCUGCCUCUACCUACUGUUCACCAACAUCCUGCUGCUCAACCUCCUCAUUGCCAUGUUCAACUACACAUUUCAGCAGGUCCAGGAGCACACAGACCAGAUCUGGAAGUUCCAGCGUCAUGACCUGAUUGAGGAGUAUUACAGCCGGCCCCCAGCCCCGCCACCCCUUAUCCUCCUCAGCCAUCUGCAGCUCCUAAUCAAGCAGGUCAUCCUCAAGAUCCGGCCCAAGAGGCACAAACAGCUCAAAAAAAAACUUGAGAAGAAUGAGGAGGCAGCUCUCCUGUCCUGGGAGAUCUACCUGAAAGAGAACUACCUGCAUAACCAGCAGUACCAGCUGAAGCAGAGACCUGAGCAGAGGAUCCAAGACAUUGGCAAUAAGGUUGAUGCCAUGGUGGAGCUGCUGGAUGUGGACCAAAUGAAGAGGUCGGGCUCCAUGGAACAGAGGCUGGCCUCUCUGGAGGAGCAGAUGGCUCAGACAGCUAGAGCACUGCACUGGAUCAUGAGGGCCCUGAGGGAUGGUGGCUUUGGCUCAGAAGUGGACAUCCCAACUCUAGCACCGUCCUCGGCACCCCAGAAGGCCCCUGAGGAGCAGGACCACAUGCCAGGUGGCAAGCAGAAGGUGGAUGAUGGCAAUGACCUCUACCAUGUGAAUGCCCGCCAUCUCCUCUACCCCAGCUGCCAAGUAACACGCUUCCCUGUGCCUGAUGAGAAGGUACCCUGGGAGAUGGAGUUUGUGAUCUAUGACCCCCCUUUCUACACAGCCGAGAGGAAGGACAAGGCAGUCAUGGACCCAGUGGGAAGCUCCCUGGAGAUGCUGUCCAAGAUCAGUUACAACACCAUGGAUGGGCUGGUGGACCGCCGGAGCUUUCAUGGCCCCUAUGCAGUCUGCGAUGGCCUCCCCCUGAAUCCCAUGGGCCGCACGGGGCUGCGUGGGCGUGGGAGACUUAGCUACUUCGGACCCAACCAUGCACUGCAUCCAGUCGUCACACGGUGGCGACGGAACCAGGAUGGGACCAUCUAUAGGAAGAGCAUCAAGAAGAUGCUGGAGGUGCUUGUGGUGAAGCACUUGGGGUCAGAGCACUGGGCACUGCCAGGGGGCUCCCAGGAACCAGGGGAGAUGCUGCCCCGGAAGAUGAAGCAGAUCCUGCGGCGGGAGUUCUGGCCAUCUUUUGAAAGCCUGUUGAAGCAAGGGGCAGAGGUGUACAAAGGUUAUGUGGAUGAUGCAAGGAACACGGACAAUGCGUGGAUUGAGACAGUGGCUGUCAGUGUCCACUUCCAGGACCAGAGCGAUGUGGAACUAAAGAGGCUAAACUCUCACCUGUACACCUACAACCCUGAGGUGUCCUUCCGCUGGCAAGUGGUGGACAGAUGCAUCCCACUGUACGCCAACCACAAGACCAUCCUCCAGAAGGUGGCUGCUCUGUUUGGAGCCUUCUACUGA